AUGGAUGCCUGCGUGGUGAUGAUACUUCAAAGUUAUUUGAUCAAGACACGAAAAAAAUCAACUAAUGGGAACAUUGUUAUGGAUGUUAAGGAACUGCUGCCUCGAGGCCUUAUUAACUCGGGGAAUUUAUGCUUCCUUAGUGAAACUGUACAUGAUCUUUUGGUUUGUUCUCCUUUUGUUCAGCUUUUGCAGGAGCUAAGAACUUGCAACAUUCCUAAGAUUAGGAAUUGUUGUAUGUGUAUUGGCUAUCCCAUGCUGAAAGCAUUUGCUGAGUUCGUAACUCAAUUUGACGUGCCAAGCGGAAUAAAAUUAAAGAAGAAAGAUACAAAUUAUUUUGAGUUUGGACGGGAAUUUUUCCCUGUUAUGUUUGAAGAUGUUCUAAAAAAUUUUGUUCUGGAUGUGCCAAAUGGAUACCUUGUGUCAAAGCUGCUGCUUGCAGACCCAAGUAAAGCAAAUAUAUUGAUAAUUGUAGAACUCGAUUACUGUCGCUGA